AAUAAGUAAUUAGCAGGUUAACAAUAGGUAAUAAGCUUCAAGGACUCAAAUGAUUUGAAUUGUCAUAAUUGUAUAUAUUUAAAUUGUUUUAAUUCAUUCACAUGAAUUCUACAUCGCUCAAAAGAUAAAAUGACUUCAAUUAAAAAAUCUGGUGAUGUACAAUGUGCCACAGUUGCACUAAGUAAAGAAGAUAUAAGAAAUAAAUAUGAGUUCAAGAAUUUGUUAGGAACAGGUGCAUUUUCGAAAGUAUAUCUUGGAGAACAUAAAAAGACAGGAGAUAUGGUUGCAAUCAAAUGUAUUUUUACUAAAACUUUGAAAGGAAAGAGUCAUGCCUUAACAAAUGAAAUUGAUGUUUUACGAAAAUUGAGGCAUCCAAAUAUAGUUCGUCUUAUUGAAAUUUUUAGCAAUCCUACUCAAGUGUGUUUGGUGAUGCAACUUGUAACUGGUGGGGAACUAUUUGAUCGAAUAUUAGAAAAAGGACAAUACACAGAAAAAGAUGCGAGUGAUGUAGUAUGUCAAAUAUUAGACGCUGUUUCGUAUCUUCAUGAUGCUGGUAUUGUUCACAGAGAUCUUAAGCCUGAAAAUCUUUUAUAUGCAACAGCUAAUGAAGAUUCAAAAAUCAUGUUGAGUGAUUUUGGUCUCUCGAAAACAGUAGUUGAAGGGAAAACACUUAAGACGGCAUGCGGUACACCGGGUUAUGUAGCGCCGGAAGUUUUAUUACAACAGCCAUAUGGAAAAGCUGUCGAUGUAUGGUCGGUGGGAGUAAUAACAUACAUAUUACUUUGCGGUUAUCCUCCUUUUUAUGCGGAAGAAGAUCCUGAACUUUUCGAUCAAAUCAAGAAAGCGGAAUAUGAAUUUGAUUCGCCUUAUUGGGACGAUAUUUCAGAAGCAGCCAAAAGUUUUAUACGAAGGUUGAUGGAGAAAAAUUCUGAUAAAAGAUAUUCUUGUAAACAGGCAAUGCAGGAUCCCUGGAUAUCAGGAGGAGCAGCAAGUACAAAAAAUAUCCAUCAACAUGUCAGUACCAACAUGAAGAAAAACUUCGCAAGAACUAAAUGGAAACAAGCUUUCCAUGUUGCGGCGGCUACCUCAAGAAUGCGAAGAAUGAAUCUCGGUUCUUCCACUGACAAUUCAUAGGAUUGUUAAUUUCAUUGUCAACAGUUCACCUCCUACUGCCUGACCAUGUGGUGGUUAACUGAAAUUGUUAUUGUAGCGAGUAUGGGCCACUGAAAAGAGGAAAUAUGCUCGAAUAUCUAACGCAAUCAAUGUUUCUCAAUAAUGGGUAUACGAUGUUGUUCUAGCAUAUUUUCUGUAAAUAUAUAUAUAUACAUAUAUAUAUAUCACGAUGAAGACAACAUAAAUCGGCAUUACUAGAAAUGAGAUAUUUUAAUUAAAUCAAGUAAUUCAAGUGAAUCGAUAUUUUAUAUAAUUGUUUUAUCAUUCCUAACUUUUUUUCUCAACCUUUAUGAGAUUGAUAUAUAUAUUACCAAUUACCAUUAUAUCCUAAAGAAGAGACUUUUAUGGUUAUUAAAUUUUAUCCUAUCGUAGCAGAUGCUUCUUUUGUGCCAUUAUUAUUUCAGUUUUAUUGGUUGCAAUUGGAAAAUAAGCAUUUAAAGUGUUUUUAUCUUUUAUCAUCAACACUCCAGCCAUUUUCACAUCUAUUGUAAACAUUUUAAUGUGUUCUCAUCGAUGCUUGGUAUAAGCUUAUUAUUAUUCAGGUACAUAUUCUUAAACUUAUUUGCGUUAGUGAUUUUUUCACCUAUUCACAAAUUUAUUGAUGACAAAGGAAUUUUUUGCCAAUUUUCGUGUUGGGGCAUAAGCCAGCUUUUAGAGAGAUUUGUGAAAAGGGAAAACAAAUUGUUUAAAUAUGAUGUCAUUUCUCAAUGAUCAAAUCAACUCCCAUGAUUAUAAUGUAAUAAGAUAAAUUACAUUAAUGCCAGUCUCUGACACCAGUGCAGAGCCCAUGCAUCAAUUUCAAACGCAAGUCACAAAUUUGAAAACUCAUGCCUUUAAUUUGGCUCUGUGCCUGCUAGUUGAAAAUAUAUUUUCUGGUAUUAAUUUUUUUAACUUCUUCCGACUCAAGUUACUGAACGGACCUCUUAAAAUAAUUGACAUUGAAAUAAUCACAAUCACCAGUUGUUACAUACAGCAACAGCAGUAUCAUGAAGCAUUUUCAAAUACAGUUUAAUUGCUUGAAUGAUAUUUUAUUGCACUAAUUUGAUAGUUUAUAGAUAUAUUCUUGAUAUAAAUACAUGUUUUUGCGCUGAUCAUUUUCGGUUGCGCUACAAUGUGAUUUCGUUUGCAACAUUUCAUUUCGUUAACAUGAAUUCAGUUUAAUUUGAAAGAAAUGUUUUGGGGAAGCAGAUUUAAAUUACAUGUCAUGAUGCUUUUUUGAUAAUUAUUAAUGUCGAACGACUAAAAUUGGGAUGAAAAUCUGGAUAGUAUCAACCCAUAUGCCUCAUAUGAAAACAAUUUUAAAUAUCUAAAUAUUUAAAUACCUUUCAAGUUGAGUUGAAUAAUGUAAGAUAUGUUUAAGAAUUUCAUUCAACUCCAUUGAUUUAAUAUAACAUUAUAAUCCUGUUACACGUUAGAAAUAUAUAAACUGUGUUUUACCAUUUCAUCUCAAAUUUGACAUUCCUUUUGACCAAGUUCUUUUAGAACUGUGACACAUUGAUCUAUGCUUAUGACAUUUUUGUUAAUUAUAUUCCGUCCAUCUCUCGAGUGUAGAAAUUUUGUGAUAAAAUGGUUCAUUGUUAAUAAAAAACCAUGCAGAUUUUGAAAUGAUUUUUUUAAUUAUUAGUUUUUUUCUUUAUCAUCAAGUGUCGGAUUCUCUGAUUGAAUGGAACAUGACAGAUUUUGAGCUCAAGCGUUUUUUAAGUCAUACUCGCGAUUUAAUGAUAUUUUGCUGUUCUAUAUCUCCAUUAUUUCCUGGUGUUUUAUUUGAUUUGCCUGGCUGGCUUCUUUGUAUUAAUGAGUUUGUCACCUAUGAAGCAAAUGUUUUUUCUUCCGCUAUAAUUGUUAUUGGCUACUGUAGUAGUUUAAUGCUGUCAUUUUCUUUUAUGCAGUAUACAGCAGACAUUAUCCAAGCAUAUGGAGGUUUUUUUUUAAUUCAUGAAAUUAUCAAUUUACAUCAAUUUUAUCAUUCUUGAAAUGAAUGACUAAUUUGUUUUGAGAUCUGGUGUUUAAUAAAAUUAAAAAUGUUUUCGAAUGCA